GCUUCCGGUCCCGGUCCCGGAUCCGGUUCCGGUGGGCGCCUGCCAGGGUUCUUGGCUACGUGUCCCUCGCACUGUCGGGAGAACGGGCAGCCAUGGAUCAGGUCAUGCAGUUUGUGGAGCCGAGUCGGCAGUUCGUGAAGGACUCCAUCCGGCUGGUGAAGAGAUGCACCAAGCCGGAUAGGAAAGAAUUCCAGAAGAUUGCCAUGGCAACAGCAAUAGGAUUUGCUAUCAUGGGCUUCAUCGGCUUCUUUGUGAAGUUGAUCCACAUCCCCAUUAACAACAUCAUUGUGGGUGGCUGACCACUUUGGAAGAGUGUUUUUCUUCUUGACACCGUAGGGGUGGAGAAGCUCAUGAAGUAAAAGUUUGUCUCUG